AUGAGGCAUCAUUUGACAAUCGCCGCUGCGUUAUUGGGCACUUGCCACAAUGUCGUAGCUCUGGAAUGGAGUGCAACAUAUGGACGUCAGCCAGCUCCGUUUAAGCUCUCAGUGAAUCCAGAGAUCAUCGCAUUGGCCCAUCAGAAAGCCUAUUUGACUCGCUUUCCUGUCGAUGUUGAGCAGCCUGAUUGGAGCGAUGGACCUCCUGUGCAUAAUGCUACAUCCGUUCGGGAUUAUUGGGUGAAUGAGUAUGAUUGGUCCGAGGUUCAGAGGGAAAUCAACUCGCAAUUUAAAAUGUUUACCACCACAGUUGACGCUAAACCACACUCCAACUACGAAGAGCCGGUUCCUCUGCAUUUUGUACACCAUCGUUCUAACCGCUCAGACGCCAUUCCUCUACUAUUUAUUCACGGAUGGCCAGGGUCCUUUCUCGAAGUUGCAAAUCUAUUGGAACCAUUGACAAACCCUCACGAUCAAGCGUUGCCUGCCUUUCAUGUCGUGGCUCCAUCUAUCCCUGGCUUCGGUUUCUCUCCCGCCCCAAAGAAACCACUUUUCGGACCUCGUGCCGCAGGCGAAGCUUUCAAUAACCUGAUGCUCCAACUUCAUUAUCCGCAUUAUGUUAUUCAAGGAGGAGACCUUGGAGGCUUUAUAAAUAGGUUCAUGGCCUCGUCACAUCCAGAGACGGUGCUUUCGGUGCUCAGCAACUUUUGGCUCGUUCAGCCUAACUCUACCGACUUUGAGCGUUAUUAUGCUGGAAAAACCACAAGUGACGAGAAUUACCUUAUCAAUGAAUUCUGGAACUUUGAGAAUAAGAGCAGCGGGUAUCGUUUUGAACAGCAGACUCAACCUUUGCAAAUUGGACAUGCCAUGACUGAUAGCCCUAUUGGCUUUGCCAUGUAUAUAUACGAAUUCAUGUUCCUGACGGUACAGCACUACGUGUGGAGUGCGAAGGAGCUUAUUACUUGGUCGUUGAUGUACUGGAUUCAGGGACCGUAUGCUGGCUUCAGGUUCUACAAGGAGAGCGUCAAUGACAAUAUUCUUGAAAACGGGCUCCUUAUUAAUUCCACAACAUUUCCCUAUGUUCACCAACCAGUUGCUCUCUCGGAGUUUCCAGCCGACAUUUGGUACAGAACACCACUGGAUUGGGCCCAGAGAGGCGGCAAUGUUGUAGUAAGAAAGGUUCACGACAAAGGAGGGCAUUUUCCUUCGAUUGAAACGCCAGAUGUCCUCAUCGACGAUAUCCGGUCAUUUUUUGGAAAUGGUUCUCUCGCAAAUACGACAAUACAACCCUAA